AUGUUUCCGCCGAUGGAUUUAUUGGCGGCGUCAGGGAAGACGUUGGAGGACCUGGAGGAUAAUUCUCGAGUGCUACCCGGCUGGAGAGACCGCUCGACUAUCUUGUCUACUGUCGUUAAUCUCGUGUUAGGUUUCACGGGUUCUAGUGCACUGGCUACAUUCUACAGUUUGCAAGGGCUCAUGAACACCGUACAGGUAUUUGCGCUGCUCUUGAGUACUCUAGUCCCGCGACGCGGUGAAGAGCUCGCUAACUCUUGGCGUCAAUUAUUUCUUGGCACAAUACCAAAUGUCCUCGCUCUAAACUUUACGUCUACGUUGCUCGAAGGACUUAUAUUCCUUAUUAUAUUCAUGACCAUCGCUGGGAUUCUCAUAUUCCUCUUUUGGCGAUUCACUAGAGACUGUGAUAUUCGUCUCCAAGAAGGCCUUCAACGACCUCCAAAUACGUCGUCAGGAUGGGGCCUUGUAAUCAUUACGUUCAUCUUGACCGUGAUAUACUUGCCGCUAAGCACCAUGGCAAUUCAUGUUUUGGUCUGGUCUGAUGACCUUUGGGUUGUGCCUAACCCGUACACCAAUGCGACCACCAAUCCUCCAACCAUCGCCCCCUUAGGGCCCUCAGACGAAUACCGUGAUCCUUUGGAUUUCUGCUGGACUACAACAAUGCGUCGCAAUGAGGUCAACUGGGCUCCAAUCGUGUUAAUCCUCGCACUAAUGACACUAGCCGUGUUCACUAUAUGGUUCCCUAUUCUGCUACGGCAAGUUAUCAAGAGGACGGUUCCUUUGGUCGAUCCAUAUACGGAACUGGGCAGACGCCGAAGUCAAAGUGAUAUGGAUAGAGAAUACCAAAGACUGCUUUCUCGAGAUCGUGGCCCUCUCGCCUUCCUCUACAACGGUUUCCGUCGUAAUUAUGAGACAUACGAAGCCAUCUACUUAUUUGCGAAGCUCAGCACUCUUCUCAUCGUCGCCGUUAUAGACCCCAGCAACUGUUUCUUCCGGUCCCUUGAUCACGACAGGGUUGCCAUCGCAAGACAGAUCUUACUCGUCGUUAUAGCCAUUGCCUUCUUUUUUAUACAGUGCUUUUUCGCGCCUUUUUUAGAUCCCGUCAAUAAUGCCAGCGAAUGGGUUUCACGUCUCAACUACGUACUGACUGCAACCACCGCGCUCCUCGUGGCUAUCAAUGUGCCUGGGGCAAGUAUCCUUAAUGGAGCGGUUCUCUAUAUCGUAUAUAUCACAACGUAUGGACUGAGUUUUUAUUUUGCUAUCAUUAGCAUGGGCUUCAUGAGACGAUUUAUGAAACGACUGACACGACGAAUUGAUUUCAGCAUUGAUGUAUUCUCCCCUCGUAUCGACGUAUCGCCAGGUUCAAUUCACGCCAAGCGUAGGAUCUGGCAGGAAGCCAUCUCAACUCUUCUGCUCACUAGCGCUGAAUGUGCGAUACCCAAAGAACAAAGAAUGGUAUUCGCUCAAGCGGACGACCUAGAAUAUGGGCCAUAUCUAUUGGAUUUUAAAGGUUCUCCGAGCGAAAGACACGUGGAAAAUCUGAAGAUAUUAAGAGAAGUCGGAUCCCUCGCAUACAACAAAGGGUUGGCGUUGACCUGUGGGCCCGACCAUGAAUGGUUUCAAUACCUUCAGAAGGAGAUCCAGCAGCAUUAUGUAGGCCCUGAUUGUUACUGGCAAGCUCCCGGGGAAAGUCCCUUCUCGGACGUCUCGAAGUUCUUUGGCAACGCAUGGUGGAUACCCUUUCCGCCGACGGUGGUUUUGCGCUACGACGAUGGCCCUUUGGCGGUUUUGCGCAGCGUUGGUGAACUUGAAGAAUAUGUCCGACAGAACUCCAGCAUCCAUGUGCAGCGGAAACGGGAGAUUAGGAUGGCUCUCAGGGCAUUAGAUGGGCAACGUCUCGUGGGCGCCCAUACCCCGUGGUGUUUUAGAGGCAGGCGUUACCAGGCGCGCAAAUCGGUCAAAUACCAGACCUGCCUCUUGCGUCUAAAACAUCGCGGUCGCCUACUGUGGCAAGGGUUUCAGUUCGGAAGUGGCUUCGACGUGGAAUUGACCUAUGGCAAGAGGCUGAAAGUCGAUGGUAGCAUCAUCGGCUUAAAUGAUGAUUACGACCUUACCCAACCCUUGGCUCGUUUCCUCGCCCUCAACCGAGAGCUUAUCCCUUACCGACUUUCAUCUCUCGAGGCUGCCCUGCAUCAUUACAGGGAACAUUUUAAGCAGGAAUGUCAGUACAAAUCACACGUUCUCAGUUACAGGUUCUUGUCCUACGUAUAUGAUCAACCCCGAGAUCCUGUUGUUCUCGCGGAAAGCUCCUUCGAGUAUGAGCGGGACUUGCGUGUACGGGAACUUAUGGCUGGUAGCGAGAUCGUCUUCCAAACCAAUUGGGAGCGGAUGGAAGUGGUCUCUACGUCGGAGUUGGCCACUUGGUGGUACAUCUUUUGGGACGAUAUCUGGCGCAGGAACCAUGACACUAUUACCCUUCUUGAAUUGCAUGCCUCCGACUUCAAUCCCCAUUACCCCACAUCUCUCGCAUACACCCCUUUACCCAGGCCUGCUUUGGAGACUUUCCUCAGGCAGAGAGGUCUUCUACACAAUCCACCAAAGUGGAAUGAUUUCUUUGAUUCAGGAUUCCUCAACAAGAUUUAUCUUCGUAUGAAUGAGAUAGUCUUCAAAGGAUCGAGCAAGGUCAUAUGGUUUCAUAUUGGCAAUGAUCAAUCCGAGUUAGACAUGGAGGAACUUGAUUUGCAGACCUUGACAGGACCAUCUACUUUAGGGACGGGGGGUGGCACAGAUCAUGACGACUCUUCCAUUCGUGCACGGCCAGUGUAUAGAUGGGAGGGUAUUCUGGGUGAUCCUCUCCGGAAACGGCGAGCACACAGGUCUUGGACAUCCAAGUUGGGCGCCUGGUUCGGGAUCACGCCGCUUUGGAGGGCGGGCACUCCUUCCAGGGGGCUGUCUUUAGACGUUCAGUUGGAGAACGGACGAUAUGUUCUGAUGGAU